AUGGUUGACAGGAAUUUGGGCCAAAAUUACUUGACUGGUAACCUGUGUUCAUCCAUCAGCAAUCUAUCUCACAUGCAAUACCUGAGUUUUGGCAUCCAUGCACUAUCAAGGACACUUCCAAAGGAACUUGGAAAUCUUACAGACUUAAUAUCAUUGUGGGCAUUCGACACUAAACUCACGGGCAGGAUACCCAACUUCAUAGGGAAUUGGUCAAAGCUUACUACCUUGAGGCUUGAAGGAAACUCUUUUAAAGGUCCAAUAUCCUUAAUGUUUGCCAAUUUGACUUCUCUGAUAGACUUGAGAAUAAGUGACUUGACUAAUGGGAGCUCUUCACUGGAAUUUAUAAAGGAUAUGACAUCUCUAAGUAUCUUGGUGCUAAGGAAUACUAGUAUUUCUAAUUCAAUUCCAUCCAAUAUAGGAGAAUACCUAAAGUUGUCACAGCUAUAA